UCAGGAAGUGGGCUGCUAUUCUCACCUUGUCUCUCUCUCGCUUUCUGAACCCCCCCUCCCCCACCACCCCACCCGGUGGGCUGGCAGUUCUGCUUCCAUCUGUUCCCUCUUGCUUGCUCGCUCUCAUCUGAAAUGACCUCAUUGAGGUUCGGACCACAGACUGGCCCGUUUUGACACCCAUCUUUCAGAUACCCCUUGGCUUUUUUUCGAUUUCAUGCGUGCAUGCUGACAUACUCUUCUGAUCCUCGGACAUGGAGGUAACCUGUAAAAGAAUUCUAGCGUCCAUGCAGCUGAAGAUAGGUUUGUCAUGGGAGUGGUCUCUCUGAGAUGAUUUUAACUACCUGCCUGAUGCGUUGCCUACACUUCCAGAAGUCCCGGACUCUGGCUCACCCCUGAGCUCCGUAGACAUCCCGGCCCGCUGUCUCAGGAACCCAGUCUUCUGCCAGGCUUCCUCUCGUUACUGUUCUACGCACAACAUGGACUCUUCUCCUGACAGUGGCGAAAGACCCAUCAGCUACAGCUCCACCACAUCCUCUGCCUCGUCUCGAGACAGUCACUGCUCACUGGGCAGCCGCACCACCCUUGUCCCAGCUCCUCACUGUAACACGGUAAACUCAGACCGAGAUUCCGGAGCAAUUCGGUUGGAACUGAUACCUGCCCGGCAGCUGGAAUACAGGGAGGAAGACAGCAGGAAUGAUGAAGGGAUGGACACAGAAGGAAAAGGCAGUGGACAGACACAAACAGACCAUUCAGAAACUGAGCUGAACCCCAAUGGGGGAGAGCGCACAGGUCUUGUCCAGAGGCCACGGACAUAUGUUGACCGAGUGGUGCAAGAGAUACUGGACACAGAGAGAACUUACGUUCAGGACCUACGUAGCAUUGUUGAGGACUAUCAGGAGUGCAUCAGUAACCAGUCUUGUGUGGCUCUGAGCUCUGAGGAUAAAGGUUCUCUAUUUGGCAACAUUCAAGACAUCUACCACUUCAACAGGGCCCUGCUUCAUGACCUCGAAAAGUGUAAUGCAGAUCCUGUGGCCAUUGCCGAGUGCUUCGUAUCCAAGAGUGAAGAAUUCCACAUUUAUACCCAAUACUGCACCAACUACCCACGGUCGGUGGCUGUGCUAACGGAGUGCAUGAGGAACAAGGCGUUGGCCAAGUUCUUCCGUGAGCGCCAGGAAUCUCUGAGGCACUCCCUGCCUCUAGGCUCCUAUCUGCUCAAGCCAGUGCAAAGGAUUCUCAAGUACCACCUGCUGCUGCAUGAGAUAGCCAACCACAUGGAGAAGGACACCGAGACCUACGAGGUUGUGCAGGAAGCCAUAGAGACCAUGCAGAGAGUUGCUUGGCACAUAAACGACAUGAAGAGGAAGCACGAGCAUGCCGUAAGGUUGCAGGAAAUCCAGAGUCUGUUGACCAACUGGAAGGGUCCUGAUCUGAUUGGUUACGGGGAGUUGGUUCUAGAAGGAACAUUCCGUCUGCACAGAGUAAAGAACGAGAGAACUCUCUUCUUAUUCGACAAGCUUCUGUUGAUUACCAAGAAACGGGAAGAAACCUACACAUACAAGGCUCACAUCCUGUGUUGUAACCUGAUGCUGGUGGAAGUUAUUCCUAAAGAACCGCUGAGUUUCAGUGUGUUUCACUACAAAAACCCCAAACUCCAGCAAACAGUCCAGGCCAAAUCCCAACAAGACAAGCGCAUGUGGAUCUUACACCUUAAAAGACUCAUCCUUGAAAAUCACCCUGCCAAAAUCCCCGCCAAGGCCAAGCAAGCCAUUUUGGAAAUGGAUGCAGUGCAUCAUCCUGGUUUUCAAUACAGUCCUGGUGGUGACAAGAAGGAUUCUUCUCAAACCAAAGAUAGCCCAAUGCCUCGUAGAGGUCGUAGGAAAGAACCCCUGUCCAAACUACUGAAGAAUGCCAAGCAGAACAUUGCCAACGCUGAUGGUGAGAAGCGAACAAGUCUGGGUGCCACCCUGCUCUCUCCUGUGUCCCAGCUGGCUCUGGGCACGAUCGGUCGUAGCCGCAGCCUCAUCAACCAAUCACAGGAGUCCCUUGACCCUGGCGAUCACUAUGACCACAGUGACAGAGAGGAAGGGGAGGAGCCACAUCAGCAAGAUGCCGACGAUGAAGAUGACAGUGGCCUGGGAGGUGGAAAGUGCCUUCGAGUGCCUGGAAGAAGCAGCAGGAAGCGGUUGAACCCUCAAGCAUCUGUCGAUACUAUAGAACAAUGGAAAGCCUUCAACAUGAGUGCAUCAGAUCUGCAGAGAGCCAGAGACUCCCUCGUGAGGGAAGGAAUUCGUCAUCCGCCGCUUGUAAGGACCCCUCAUGUGACAGAGGAACCUCCCGACUCUCCUAUUCCCUCUGUAAUUGUUACAGCCAGUGACCAUCCAGUGAGCAACAUUUGGGCAGACCACCGGGCCCGCAGGGCCAUGUUCCCCACCCGCCAGCGAACAAUGCAACCUGAUGAUCAGGAAGAGGACAUCUAUCAGAUGUUUGUUCCCACAGAGGCAAGCGGACCAGAAUCAGAGUUACCCUCAGAGACUGCUUCAUCACCCAGGACGGCUCGGCCUUCCAGCUGGCACGUGGAACAGGUGCCAACAGUGCAGAGAGAUCCUUCACCCAAUGGGAGCAGAGUCCUGCGGAGGGCAAGCAGCGCAGGGGAGAAGGCUACAGAAGCUCGAAAGAGCCCUGAUGACAGCCAGCCUGGCCAGAUCAAUCUGGAAGUGAUUCACACAGAAUCAUCAAGCAAUGAGAUAUCUGGAUCCUCCUCGGCGGAGCAGCUAGCAAUGGACGAUAUUGAGAAUGUAUAUGACAACAUCAGCUAUGAAGACCUAAAGAGCAUAGGCCUUAUCAGAAGAAACCAGGAUGGCUGCCGGCCACAGAUAGAGGCAUCUAUAAAUGCACAGGGUUCUCAGGCAACAAGGAUAUUAAAUAUUCCAGAAGAUCAAAGUAAGAGGGAGUCUAUAAUUGAACAAGACAGUUCCUCAGAGAGCAACCGGUCCUCCACACAGGAAGGGAAGCAGUUUGGGACAUGUGAGCUUCAAAUAGUGGAGGAAAAUAUCUAUGAUACCAUCUGUUAUAGGGAACCUCCAACAGCAGAGCUUAAGAGAACUACUGAAGAGAAGAAAUUAACCCAAGAGUUGGACAGUCUGUUGGAUUCAGAGCAAGACCUAAUUGAAAAUCUUGGAGGGUUUUUGUCUGACGAGAGCCUCCAUUUCGGAGAGGAAGAAGGAUCAGAUGCCCCGCAGACUGUCCCAUGUUGCUCAGAACCAGAUUAUUCAUCUUCAUCUGCUUCAGAGACAUUUUCCCAAGGCUUGGAAAAAGCAGACAGGAAGGCUAAGCAGGUGGACGAGAUCUGGAGUGAUCUGGAAAACUACAUUAAGAACAAUGAGAAAAAACCUGACCGAUUACCUGGUGCCUUUCCUGUAAGUAGCAGUGACUCACCCAAGAAGGCCCCCUCGAUUAAUAACAGCCCCACAAAGAGUCCUAUAAUUAGCCCCCAGGCGCCAGGUCCCCUUGCACAUCAGCCUCAACUCCCAUCUGUCUCAGUACCAUCUGUCACAAUCCCAGUUAUCAAACUCCCUGACCAUCAAAGUGAAGAAAACCAAUUGACCCCACCCAGUUCACGGCCCCUGCCCGCCACACCAGAGCCUCUUCUGGGCACAGUGAAGAGCAUUCGUAGCAGACUGGCUCGCCUCAGCAGUGGCAGUUUCCGUCUGGAGGACGAUGAUCUGGUGGAGCUUCCCCCUCGAGGCACCUCCCAGAAUCCCAUCAAAGAUCUACACGGCUUGAAUCCUGGUGAGAUAACAUGUCUGGACUCACCUCUGGCAUCUUCCUCGCUAUUGCUGGGUGACUCUGUUGACUUUCCGCUGGACCUGAUGGACAAAACAAAGAGCAGAGUGUUCCUGAUGGCACGCCAGUAUAGCCAUAAAAUCAAGAAGGCAAAUCAGCUGCUGCGCAUGAGGAGUAUGGACCCUGGGGAUUCUUGCGAACGGACCAGACCUGAAAAGAAGCAGAAAGACCUGGCCGCCAUUUUAGAGGAAAAGAAACAGGGAGGUGCUGCUAUAGGUGCACGAAUAGCAGAGUAUUCCCAGCUGUAUGAUCAAGUGACGUUUAAGGAUUCUGGACAUACCUCUGAUGCCCCACGGCAUGCCCAUCCAGGGUUGCCGUCUUCCCCGUCCAUGCCUGAGACCUCCAUGGAGGAGGACUGGCUCCUCUCAACCUACAGCAAUGGGGAGCUGGCCAGCUUCAUGCUUUCACCAAAAGAUGUGGGGGAUGCUCGAGCAUCUUCUACCCCACAGCGCAGACUAACCUCUUCCUGCUCCAUCCCUUCUUUACAAACCCUCCCUCCUUCCCCCAAGACCCCACCAUCCCAGAGAUGGAGCUCAUGCAUCUCAGCACCAAGUGAGAAGCAGGAACAUGUGUACAGCACAAUUAAGAGACAUCCUUCUUUUAAUGCACCAAGUGCAUCUUGCACAAACUCUUCAUUAUCCAAUCACUAUCAUUUUGUCAGCUCACUGGGAAGUCGAGAGCAAGAUAAGUACAACCAGUCUGGGUGCAACCCGUCAAGUGUGGGUCAAUCUACAGAGAGGCUCCAUGGCCCACCUAUGGGCCAGGUAGGUCGGCAAAGUAGCCUCCCAGAGCAGUCUAGCCAGAGACAGUCAGAUCUUACCUUGCAUGAUGGCCAACAAGUGGUGGUCCUGAAUCUAGCAUCUGGACUGAGCAUACGAAGUCCCAGCCAGAACUACCUAGCCAACUUCAAGGACAAUGGGGAAGAUGACGAUGACUAUGUUGAGAUUCGCUCUGAGGACGAGGGUGAGCAGGACCAGGACAGGUUAAUACAGCAAAGUGGUAGCACAGCAACUUUUCCCAAUCAGAACCGGAUUCUUGUCCAAUCCCGGAGUUUGCCAUGCACCCCUGUACAUACCUGUGAUCCUUUAAAGUCUUUAGAACGUGAACACCUAGAAAAGUACCUGUGCAGUGAGCCGCAGCAGAGCCAACUCAACAUUGUUCAGUCUCUGAGGGAGAAGUUCCAGUGUCUGAGCUCCAGUAGCUUUGCCUGAUUCUGAAAGACAAAUACAUGAACUUCCAUAUUAUAACCUAGAUCUGAAGCAGUUUCUUUGAUUGCAGCCAUAUUUUUGAGGAUUUAUGAGUGUGUUCUGUUACUUGGAUUCAAAGUUUAACCCAUUGAACUGGUCCACUUUCCUCAUUGUAUCAUGUGCAUGAGCUGUCUUAGUACCUACAAGUUCCAAUAGUCAGAUUUUUUUUCAAAGGCAUUCGGUAAAAACAGAAUCACUUUUAAUAAUUAAUUGAAGUAGAAGCAACAAACUUUUUGCUUUUUGUGCCAGACUUGUAUAAGUGCUCUAAAAAUGGCGACAAUCGGACUUAAUGACUAAGAACUGUUGUACAAAGAGCCUAUGAUAUCUGUUACCAGGAUAAGAAUUAGUGUUUCCGAGUAGAUCUUGAUUUGCCAUGUUAAGGAGUAUCGUAAGCUCUUUAGAGCGCUUUACUGUGCUGUUAAGGUUAUUUUAACUGCUAUAAAGGAGCUACUAGUGCCUUUAUAGCACUUGUUAAUCUUAACUUGUAUAGGAGACAUGAACCACGACAUUAAUUUUGCUAACCCAGCAAAACAAUUAUGAACAAGCAGCUUUACAACUUUACUACUCAGGCUAGAAUGUCACUACUGAUGUUUUUAAUAAGGAAAUGCUAAAGAAAGUGUUUGCUGUUAUCUAGUAGUUAAACAUAACUAGGCUUAAACAUGCAAGUCUGUCUGUUUCUAGUUUCAUUCAGACCUGAUCAGUAAGGCUUUAAAUAUCAAGAGAUGUUUAUUUUAGAUAAACUAUAAGAAACCCUAUAACUUCAUAUUUAUUUUGAGUCCUCCAGUGAUGAAAGUUUUCUCGACGUUACCUUAUUUCUAACAUUUUGUUACUAAAUAUCGUGAGGUCAACAUUUGACUGACUAGUUGUCUAAAAGAACACAAAAAGUGAUUAGCAUGGUUGCGUAUGCUAAUGCUAACUGGUGAAUAUUGCCUUGUGUGUGUAUAUACACGUGUAUAUGUUAAUGCUAACUGCAGUUUGCAUCAUCCGCAGGUAAUGUUAGCAUGUGCAGUUAUGCUAUUGUUGGUUAGCAUUGUCACUUGGCAAAUGUGUACUUGUCUAACAUAAAUAACAGUGCAUCCCAAUUCUGGAAGUUGUUGAAUUUCUGGAAAACUUGUUGAAUUCCUGUGAGGAAAAUAUGAAAUAUUGUGACUUGAAAUGGUCUGCUGGGACAUACUUCGCAUCUAGUCAAAUGUGCAUCUCAAUGAGCAGUUGGCAUUUUAUGUUAAUUUUACACAUUUUAACUUUAUUAAGCGGGACCAGAGUGGUGAGCAUUACAGAGAGUCUGUUAAAAAUUACAGUACUGUAUUUGGUGUACUUUUUUUUUUUACUCAAAUGGAUAGUUGAUUGUUUACAUGAACUGUUACACUACUGAUAUUACAUCCACCCCACCCACGUCUACACCCAUGUGUUCUCAUGCGCUGGAAAUCAAAGUCACCAGUCACAUAAGCUUAGUACAGCACAUUUCUUUCUAUCCUUCAUGGCACCUGCGUUAUUUAGACACACACACUUGUUCGGUUUACUUUUGAAAAGGUCUUUUAAUCAGCUUUAUUUAUUAACAAGCACUCCCAUUAUAUCGCGUUCCGUCACUCAAGCCAAGAUACAGAUUUUGACAAAAGCAAAAAAUAUUUUUUUCUUUUCAUUUUGGGGCACUCACAUAAUUUGAAUUUAAUAAUGUGAACGAUGUCAAAUUAGAUCUCUAAUCGCACUAUUUAAUAUCUAUUCCAAAUCACAUGAAUGCACGAGAAGCACUAUCAUGGCUUACUGUUCAUAUCAGGAAACACAAUUUGUAACACGUUGGGAAUAUGAAGUAAUUUUUUUAUCCUCUUCCGCUUGUGGGGAAUUGACUUUUCUUGCACUUUCCUGUCUUUUUUUUUUCUUUUAAAUGUUUUAAUUGUGUAAACUUUGUAAAGUUGUACAUUUUAGGAAUAUUAUUCUUGUAUGCCAUAGGUAUGCUUUAUGUUUUAAGUUAAGUGUACUGUAUUUUUUCUAAACUGCCUAGUUGUCUCAAUGAAACUGUGUAUUGGAAGUAAUAAAUUGAAAUUAAACUCA